AACAUAUCUCCCGACACGUGGCGAGGAAGACACCAAGGACCCCAAAUAAAGAGAAACGAAGGGACUUUAGCGUCGAAAACCCAAGCAGAAUCGACGAAAACCGAGGAGAAUUCCCGAGAACCACAAGUGUCAAGGAUUCGCGAUGUUGUCAUUCGAAUGUCGCUUCUGCCGCGGGAGGGACUGACGUUCAAUUUUCCACCCGUUUUCUCCUCUCCUCUUCUCCGUAGACUGCAGAAUUAGCCGGCCGCUAUCAUGGAGACCACGCUGAGCUUCGCCGGGCAGAAUAACAAGUGGAACACAGCCGAAGAUGUGAAGGCAGCAGCAGAAGCCAUUCGCAACCACAAGGACUUGCGAUGUCUGGUUCUCGAGGCCAAUACCCUUGGCGUAGAGGCAGCCAAGGUGAUGGGAGAUGCACUAGCCACGCAUCCAGAGUUUGAGCGAGCGCACUGGAAGGACCUGUUUACUGGCCGUUUGAAGACUGAGAUUCCCGAAGCACUGCGCCACCUGUUCUCCGGCCUGAUACGCGCCGGUGCCAAGCUGAAGGAGCUAGACCUGAGUGACAACGCCCUUGGCCCUGUGGGGGUGGAGGGCAUGGUGGAUUUCAUGUCUUCCCCUGUCUGCUAUUCCCUGCAGGAGCUGAGGCUGAACAACAAUGGACUGGGCAUUAAGGGAGGUACUAUGCUUGCCGAGUCGCUUAUGAGGCUGGUGGAUAACGCAAAAGCUGCUGGAACGCCACUAACUCUUAAGGUAUUUAUAGCUGGUCGCAACAGGCUUGAGAAAGAAGGUGCCAAGGUUUAUGCAAAGUUCUUCAAGGCUGUAGGCACCCUGGAAGAAGUUGCCAUGCCCCAGAAUGGCAUCUUCCAUGAGGGGAUUGCAGCCCUUGCAGAUGCAUUCAGUACCAACAAGAACCUCCGGGUAGUCAACCUCAAUGACAACACCUUUACCCCCAAGGGCGCUCAGGCAAUGGCAGACAAAUUGCCAAUGAUGCAGAACUUGGAGGUGAUCAAUUUUGGAGAUUGCCUCAUCAAAACAGCAGGAGCCAAGAUGAUUGCCAAAGCCUUAGCCUCAGGACACAAGAAUCUGAGGGAGCUGUUCUUGGACAGUAAUGAGAUUAACAUCAAAGGUGGAUUGGCAAUUGCUGAAGCCAUGGCAGAUAAAGAGAACUUGGACAAGCUCAUGCUGGACUGCAAUCAGUUUGGUGAGGAUGGACGGGAAAUGCUCGUUAGCCUUUUGAAUGACUUGGGUCAGUUGGAGGCCCUUGACUCCCUUGAGGAUGAUGAGGAUCCAGACAAUGAGGAUGAGGAAGAUGAUGAUGAUGAUGAUGAAGACGAAGAUGAUGAGGAUGAGGAUGAAGAGGAGGAGGAGGAUGAAGAGGAGGUUACACAGGUCCCUGGAUCUGGAGUGAGCCCUCUGAAGCACGUUGAGUCCCUUGUCAGUCCAAUUAAGUGUACUGCUGAAGAGUUCUGUGAGCAGCCAACAGCUGCCAGACUUCUUGGUUUGGGGAACUCUGGUCCUUCUCAGUUGAUUGAAGAAGCCAGAAGAUUGGCAGAAGGAAGUGAAGAAGCCUUCAUCAACUUCUGCUUGAAGAUCUUCAUGCGAACUGGAUCGAUUGCCACAACUAACAAUGUAGAGGUUCAGAAGGCAGUAAAUGCUGCUACAGAACAGCUGGCUAAGGCAGCAUUUGCUGCAGCCCAGAAAAGUGAUUCACUCUCCCUUGCAACAAACAGUCUUCUGGUACAUUUAGGACUCAUUAAAUGUGAGGAUAAGAAAUUCAAAUUAGAAUGGGACCUUAAAGGAUGCCUGAUUGUCUUGGCUACGAUUGUGUCGUCACCCCUCUUCCCAGAGCAGACAAAGAGCACGUUGCAGCUUUUCCUGUCCAAACCUAACCCGAAGAUUGAUGUCUAUACUCAGGAGAAACACAAACUUAUGGUAGCGCUCUUUCAAUGAUAACUUCAAAUUUCUUAGCCAGCAACGAGAAUGAUAUUCAAGACUGGUGUUGUAAUUUUAAGUAGUACCGGUAUUUAUGAAUGUGCAAAACAAUGAACAGUGAAUUUAUUUUUGUUGAGUGCCACAGACUUGCUUAUUUCCUCCUUUCAUCUUUUAUAACUCUAAUUCCACCAUUUCAUUUGUUUGUUUGAGUGAAAUGGGUCUAAUUUUAGUCUGAGUCAGUGCAGCCAACCUUGUCCACCGAAAGUGCAAAUUCUAUGUAUAUAUCAGUUGUAUAUUAAUCCACUUAACUUUUAUGCAGUGAGUACCCAAUGAUUUGGUAGGAAACAGUUCAUUCAUAUGAGAGAUUUUUUUUUUUUUUUUUUUAGCUGUACCAUAUACUGUUGGAGUCUAUGUCAUGCAAAGGAAAUGUCAGUGGAUUAAAGCAGUGACAUAGAGGAGUCUGCUUUGCAUGAAAAGUCAUUUAUCUGUAUUGAUAAUAUAUAAAUUACUUUUACAUCAUAAUAUUUUCACAAGCCUAUAAGAAUUGAAGAUGUUUUACUACAUGGAUUUUUUUUUUUUUUUUUUUUUUUUUUUAAAUAUGAGGUGACCAUUGUGAGAAUAUUUAGUCUUGUUUGGAACGUGAUAUCUGGAAUGCGUGCAAUUUGCAAAUAAAAUUGCAAAGUUCAUGACAAGCAAGAUUGAAAGUAAAUUCUAUUUUUGUACCCUAGAGAUAUGGUGUAUGUGGGGUCUCAUUUGUAUAUAAAGGUGAAAAUGCAAUAUUUGCCCUACUUAUUGUAAUAGCACAUCUUUUGUGCCCCAAUUUGUCCAACACAAAUUAAUGGGACAAGUUAUUGCAUUGCUUCAGACUAUGACCACUAUAGGAUUACAAUAUUUUACUGUAAAACUACAUUUCUAAAAUGUAUUCCACUGAAAUAGAAGCCAUAUUGAAUGUAAUCAUUGAGUGAGUUUUAGACCAUUUAGAAUCAGGUUAGUGCAAAUUAAGCUUCUUUACUGGAGCAUCAGUAAAUAAGAAUGUUUAUAAUUGGAAAGAAGAUUCGUGGGUAACCAAAAAUUUAUUUACUUCUGGAUAUUAAAAGAUAGACAAGGAAGUAAGUUCAGAUGGAAACUUUGUAGAAUCUCUCGGCAGAGGAGCUAUCUUUCCAUGACUAUUUUGAGAGGUAUUAUUCUCGUAUAUUAAGAACUCUCCCCAGUGUUCCUUAGUUCAAAGGUUACCAAAGAGUCGUCUUGAAAAUAAAAUGCCAAAUAUAA